UUUCUUGCAUGUGAGCCGCCCCACUCACCAGUCUGGGGUUACUGUUAGGGUGGCAGGGGACACCAGCUGAUCUACCCCUUCAGGGCUUUCCUGGGACUCAGGUGGCCGUGUUCCGAAGGGAUCUGCGCCUUUGGAAGUCAGAGCACUUCCUUGGGGCAUAGUGUAUUCUGAGCAUGGCCAUAACCAGUUCAGGAUGUCCAUCCUGGAGCGACUGGAGCAGAUGGAGAGGAGGAUGGCCGAGAUGACCGGCUCCCAGCAGCACAAGCAGGCGAGCAGCGGAGGCGGCAGUGGCAGCGGCAGCGGGAGUGGCGCCGGAGGGGGCCAGGCCCAGUGUGCGUCGGGCGCCGGGACCCUAGGGAGCUGCUUCGAGAGUCGUGUGGUUGUUGUCUGUGAAAAGAUGAUGAGCCGUGCCUGCUGGGCCAAGUCCAAGCACCUGAUCCAUUCGAAGACCUUCCGUGGAAUGACCCUCUUACACCUGGCUGCUGCCCAGGGCUACGCCACCCUGAUCCAGACCCUCAUCAAAUGGCGCACAAAGCAUGCAGACAGCAUUGAUUUGGAACUGGAAGUUGAUCCUCUGAACGUGGACCACUUCUCCUGUACUCCUCUGAUGUGGGCCUGCGCCCUGGGGCACUUGGAAGCGGCUGUGGUGCUCUACAAGUGGGACCGCAGGGCCAUCUCCAUCCCCGACUCUCUGGGACGGCUGCCUCUGGGAAUUGCCAGGUCGCGGGGCCACGUGAAGUUAGCAGAGUGUCUGGAACACCUGCAGAGAGACGAGCAGGCCCAGCUGGGACAGGCCUCCCGGAUCCACUGUGCCCCAAGCGAGGAGCCAGCCACAGACAGCUGGAUGACCCAGUGGCAGAGGGAGGCCAUGAGCCCUCCAGAAAUACCCAAAGGAGUCACCGUCAUUGCGAGCACCAACCCAGAGCUGAGAAGACCUCGGUCUGAACCCUCUAAUUACUACAGCCCCGAGGGCCACAAAGAUUAUCCGGCUCCCAAAAAGCAUAAGUUGAACCCCGAGUCCUUCCAGGCAAGGCAGGAGAAGCUGCUCUGCACUGCACUGAGUCUGGAGCAGCCAAGUAUCAGGAAACAGAGCCCUAGGCCUAAGCAGUCCUCCCCCGAGACAAUGAGCCCCAGUGAAGGAGUGAGGGAGCGCAGCCGGGAAGACUCCUCCCCUCCCUCUCCAGACACUGCAGCAGCCCACGCGUCUGCACCUCAGCCUGUAGUAAAGUGGAGUUCCAAAGAUCUUUACGUUGGUGUGUCUACAGUGCAGGUGACUGGAAAUCCGAAGGGGACCAGCGUAGUAAAGGACGUGGCGCCUUCACAGGUGCGUCCGAGGGAACCAAUGAGCGUCCUGAUGUUGGCUAACAGAGAGGUGGUGAAUACAGAGAUGGGGGCCUACCGGGAUAGGACAGAGCACGAGGAAUGCUCCCAGCCCAUGGACGAUAUUCAGGUGAACAUGAUGACCUUGGCGGAGCACAUUAUCGAGGCCACACCAGACCGAAUCAAGCAGGAGAACUUUGUGCCCAUGGAGUCCUCAGCCUUGGAAAGAACAGACCCGGCCACCAUUAGCAGUACAAUGAGCUGGCUGGCCAGUUACCUAGCUGAUGCUGACCGUCUGCCCAGUGCUGCCCACAUCAGGAGUGCAUACACUGAGCCCCUAACUCCGUCUUCUAAUGCCAGCUUGAGCCCUGCGAGCUCUCCAGUCAGUGAAGUGGCUUUUGAGAAACCCAGCCUUCCCUCUGCGGCAGACUGGUCAGAAUUCCUGAGUGCGUCCACCAGCGAGAAGGUGGAGAAUGAGCUUGCCCAGCUCACUCUGUCCGACCAUGAGCAGCGAGAACUCUAUGAGGCAGCCAGACUUGUCCAGACAGCCUUCCGCAAGUACAAGGGCAGACCCCUGCGGGAACAGCAGGAAGUGGCCGCUGCUGUCAUCCAGCGCUGUUACAGGAAGUACAAACAGCUGACAUGGAUAGCCUUGAAGUAUGCACUUUACAAAAAGAUGACACAGGCGGCAAUCCUCAUCCAGAGCAAAUUCCGAAGUUAUUACGAGCAGAAGCGGUUCCAGCAGAGCCGGCGUGCCGCAGUGCUGAUUCAGAACUUCUACCGGAGUUACAAGAAGUGCGGCCGGAGACGGCCAGCCCGCAGGACCGCGGUCAUUGUGCAGCAGAAGCUUAGGAGCAGUUUGCUGACCAAAAAGCAGGACCAAGCUGCUCGGAAGAUAAUGAGGUUUCUGCGUCGCUGUCGCCACAGAGUGAAAGAAUUGAAAAAGGCCAAGGAACUUGAAGACAUACAGCAGCAUCCCUUAGCAAUGUGACAUUGCUUCUCAGACUCUUUCCAUUUCUGUUUUUAGCAGAGACAUGCAACAACAACACACACGCUCGUGCACACAUAUACACACACACAUACACACACACACAAUCCCUCUGCAGUUCUGGGGAGUCAGCUGCAGGAUUUUAACGAGAAUGUUUGGUCAUUACAUUUGCACUCUCAUGGACAACUUUUAAUUUGAUCAGCAAGACAUCUUGGAACUCAAAUCUUCUGUUGGAUCACAGGAAAAAAACAAGACACCAGGAGGAACUGGAAGGGCUUCAUCUUAGGAGGAAGCCUCUUUCCUUGUCAUUAGGGCUGUAUUCAAACAUCGUGUGGAACUGUACAAAUAUUUAUACCAAAAAUAUAGAUAAGAACAGGCGGGGCGACGUCAGCCCCACGAGGAGCGCUGCGCCUGCACCUGCGGUGACUUCCAAGAAGCUGAAUCCUUGGUUCUCAGUGGAGGGCUUAGAUCACCCGAGUCGUUCAAGUCUGCCUGUCCUCAUCUCCUUCACUGUUCGCUUUUGAGUUUCCGUUUCGGUUUUUUUUUUCCUCCUUUCCGUCCGUUGGUUCGUCCGUCCGUUCGUUUGAAUCUCUACAGCACACUUAAUGCAACUUUUAAAAUCUGCAGGUUUUUAAUGUCUUGUGAAAAUUUGCAGAGGGGUGGGUGUGUGGUAAACGGGUAAUGCACGGGAAAUAAUGAGAAACAGCUUAUGGGAUUUAAAUUCAUUUUCUUGCCCCCCCCCCCCAACACCUCCCAGGAACCUGCAAGGAUAGUAACUAUCCUGUCCCUUCUCAUGGUCAGCACUUUAGUUUGUCUGCCCCACUCUCUUGAAGUGAGGAUUACUUAAGACUUGGUAACGCAUGUAGCCUUUUUUAGUAACCUUGGAAACUGUAGUAAUUCCAAGGGAUCAUAAACCUUGCCUGGACAUUUGCCACCUAAACGACCAGUGUGGUGCUGCAUUCUGGCCAGUAAAUUCCAUGUUUUGGCUCUAUCUCAUCCAAACGGAGUGGUUUCUGUGUAUAUACAAAAGGUAGAAAUGAAGAAGAAGAAAAAAAAGCAAGAAAAUAUUUGAAAGGGGUUAUAUUAAUUGCUAAAUAUUUUAUUCAGAGAGGUCAAUAACAUGGCAAGAUGAAAUUAUUUGUAUAGUUUUGUCUGAAUGAGCGAGAACAAUGUGGAUGUAUUGUUUGUAUAUAUUGUAUAUAUUAAAACAAAGAUGUGCAUGAAAUCAAGAAAAAGAACAAAAGCAAAGCAUUAGUGGCUAUGGUCUGUAAAAUGAAACAAAAAAAACUUUAUUUCACUAUAAGAGUACUUUAUUUUAAAUGUUCUGUAGAAGAACAUUUUGCUAAAGCAUGACCUGCAAAAAAUAAAAAAGGAGCUACUGUAUUUAGACUUAGGAAAAGAGGCAGAGUAGCAUUACUUAAAAAAAAAAAAAAAAGGAUAUGUUUACAUUUAAUUUUGGCUAUCAGGAGUUUAUUUUAUUUUAUUUAAAAAAAAUUUUUUGCCAAAGGUGCCAAGUAAUGUGAAUGCUAAUAUUGCUUAUGAAAAUUAAGUUACUUUUGCAAAAUAGAUAAUCAUAAGAUGAAUCCUUAGAGACCUUAACACCAUCCACUCACACCAACAAAGAACAUUAGGAUGAUCAAUGUUUAACAAAAAAAAAAAAAAAAAUUUAGGACAAAAUGAGAAAAACAACAUGUUUUCAUAUCUCCUGCUGGAAAUUUUUUAAAAAAUGAAUAAAAAUUGCUCACUCGACAAAAUAAAAGCAAAACCCGGUGGAGAUUGGUGUUGACGGAAGGGUGCCACGGUACAGUACUUUCCAGGUAAUGAGGAGCCAAAGAAAUCCAAUGCUUUCAAAGCUAACCUAUGAGAGAACCAAUUUUACAUUUGCUAAUGCCAGUUUAAAAUUCCCAGGUUAAGUGUGAGAAUUGGUUGGUAUGAGAUUCUUUUUUUUUUUUUUAUAAAAAAAAAAAAAAAACAAACCAACAUGGUUCUGGCUGCCAACCGUGAGUUAAAACUCGAGGCUUGUUGUGAAGCCUAAAAAUAUUCACAAAUGAGCUUUAAGCUGGUGUCUUCAGAAGGAAGGUAGAAACAAAAGGAUUGUGGUUAAAAAAAAUAAAAACUGGGGUCAGUGCUCUCGGUGCCUUUUCUAUAAUUGUACUUGUUUUUUAAUUACUUCCUUUCACUGCCAACCUCAAAUUACUGUACAGUACAUGUCUUUCUGCUUGUGAUCAGCUUGGAACAGCAACAGCCCCACAGCUAGGAGCCACCUGUACAUUUGUAAUCUGACCCGACCCAAUUUUGUUUUUACAUGUGUGGGUUAUGUUGCAGCUGUUGCAAUCCUCAACCCCCCUACCCCCGCCCCUGCCAUAUCUAUUAUUUUACACAAUUUGACCUGUCUGAGGACACUGAGUAAUUUACAUAAACAAUUGUAUUCAUAACAGGAAAUAGAAUGUAAAGCCAGCUCUUUUCAGAAUAUCCUAUCUCAAUCAUGGAUUUGGAUACAUUUCCUCCAUUGCUUAUGGUUCAGAUGACCAAUCAUUUGACCAGAGCAAAGACCUCAGUGGAUUUGCUUCAACCCUCACAUUUUUUUUUAAAUGUCUCACAUGCCACAUUAGCUGAAUAAGUUAGAAAAUUUUGGAAGAUAGAGACUUACAUAGAAUUAGGAAGUUCUUAUGGAGGGGAUAGAAGUAGGGUCAAAACCUACCAGUACAACUGUGAAUUCUAGGUGAGGUCGAAGCGUACUUCCACUGACACAAAGCAUUUCUGACCACCUUUUGAUUGUGACUCUUAAUUUUGAAUAUAAGGUGAUAGGUAGGCGCAGCUUUCUUGGAUAAUCUGAAUUCCCAAGUGCCAGGAGUAGGAUUUCAUGAUAAAAUUAAUAGCUAAUCUUAUUCUGUCUCCUGAAGAUUUAAUUGCUAUCCUUGUUACCCAUUCAAAAUCAGCUGUACUGUGUGAAUGAAAUAAAGACAUUAAGACGAACCCCUUUCUGGCUGCACGGUCGCUUAUGGCAGUUCCACACAGUAGUUGGCGCCCAACGGGGGGUCCCUGAGACUUGCAUGUAAAACUAGUCUAGAUGUCUUCUUUUUUUGUAAGUUUUAUUUUUGUAAUUGUGCAUGUAAAGCAUCAUUGAUUCAAUGGAUCUGUUGAAGAACUCAGCUGCUGGAAACCAUGCAAAAUGUUUUGAAUUGCCCUUAAAAAUAUGGAAAAUGUUUUCUGAAUGCUUUAUAUUCUUUCUGCUGUAAAUUAAAAAUGAAGAAAAUUUCCCCAUA